UACAAGGAAUCUUGCUUCGUCAUCUCAUCCAGAGAAUGGUCCACUUUCAAACCACAACUACCCACCCUUAUAUUAACUAAACUAAACCUUCACAAUUGUUGCUUAAACCAUACUCAAACUCAAGGUGGGUUUCUUCAACAAUCAGCUUCAUGAGUUCAGAUCAUGAACCCCUUCUUCAUUCUACCAAACAAGAAGAUUAUGAUGAUAAUGAGACACACUUAAUGCUGAAAUUGACAAGAUGGUUUCUGAAAUUUGCAAUGUCUUUUGUUUUCAUUGGUUGGGUUUGUUUUUUGUUCUUGCUUCCAUCAGAAUCUGUGAGCCAGUUUUCUGAGAAGUAUGUUGAAUCUACCUCUGGAUCGGUGUUCUGGGUCACAGGAAGUUUGUUUCUUUUUGGUGGCCCAAUCUUCAUCAUUGCAUUUCUUGCUAUACUUUACCUCAGAAUAUCUGGGGAACAACAAUUGAAGAAACCGAAGCAUGCAACUUUUCGCCUUUGGACAUUCCCGGUUAUUGUAGACGGGCCAUUUGGGGUUGUGACGGCAGCAGAGUUGAUUGUUAUUCUGCUUGUUGUUGUGUAUCUCAUUUGGGCUGUUUCAGUUUAUGCUAUUCAGAACUAUAACCUCAUUCCCUACUAUGAGAGCCAAGGAAAGAGGAAUGUAAUGCUAAAGCACACAGGACUGCGGUUUGGGUCUAUUGGACUGAUUUGCCUAGUAUUUCUGUUUCUGCCUGUUGCACGUGGCUCGAUUCUUCUACGGCUUACAAAUAUCCCUUUUGAACAUGCAACUCGAUAUCAUGUUUGGUUGGGACAUCUUACAAUGACACUCUUCACUCUUCAUGGUCUCUGUUACUUUUACUCAUGGAUAUUGGAAGAUCGCGUUCUACACCAAGUAAUUAAUUGGAAAAAUAACAGCAUUGCCAAUCUUCCUGGUGUCAUAAGCCUAUCAGCAGGUUUAUUGAUGUGGGUGACAUCACUUCCUCCAGUGAGGAGGCUGAAUUUUGAACUGUUCUAUUACACUCAUCAACUAUAUGUUGUCUUUAUCGUCUUCUUCGCUAUGCACGUUGGUGAUAUCAUGUUCAGUGUCAUAGCUGCUGGUUUAUUUCUCUAUAUGCUUGAUCGCUUUCUUCGGUUCUUUCAAUCACGAAAGACUGUGGAUAUACUCUCAGCCAAAUGCCUUCCAUCUGGGACAUUGGAACUUGUUAUUUCAAAGCCUCAAGAUUUACAGUACAAUGCCCUGAGUUGGGUUUUCCUUCAAGUUAGAGACAUAUCUUGGUUGCAGUGGCACCCUUUUAGUGUGUCAUCAAGCCCUUUAAAUGGUGAUCAUCAUGUUUCUAUUCUCAUUAAAGUCCUUGGAAAUUGGACGAAGAAACUAAAAGGACAUGUCUUGGCUGUCAGCGAGGAGGAUGCAGACGCCCUCAUUCCACCAAACUCUAAGCUUAAGGCAUCAGUUGAGGGGCCUUAUGGCCAUGAAUUACCGUACCACUUGAUGUAUGAAAAUCUUGUUUUAGUGGCUGGUGGCAUUGGAAUUUCGCCAUUUCUGGCUAUUUUGAGUGAUAUUUUGCACCGUGUUAAAGACUCUAAGCCUUGUAUGCCAAGAAACGUAUCAAUAAUCUGGGCUGUCAGAACAUCAGAAGAACUUCCACUGCUACACUCAUUAGAUUUGAACUCAAUCUCUCCAUACUUCUACAACAAACUGAAUCUUGAGAUUCACACUUAUGUUACUCAAGAAUCUGAACCGCCAUUGGAAGAAGGUGCUGUACAAAAGUAUGUUAGCCUUGGUGACUUCUCUUCUCCCAGCCGAUCCGGCAUGUCUGGGUUGGUCGGAACAGGAAACAUCAUAUGGGCUGGAGCUUAUGUGUUGGUUCCCACAAUCGGUUUUGUGGUUUCUUUGACGUUAUUAAAUAUCUUGUACAUUAAUCCUUACAAUAUAUCAUACCGCUGGUACAAAGGGCUUCUACUACUCAUAUGCAUGGUUACAAGUGUCAUUAUAUUCGGAGGUCUUGUGAUCGGUUUAUGGGACCGAAAAACCUCAUCUAAGGGAAAAUAUCAAGAUGAAAAGAAAGCUGCUGCUGGCAUACAACAUAAUGAGUCUACAUCACACAAAACGUCGUCCGAUGAAACAUUUGUCAACACCAUAAAGUAUGGUCAAAGACCAGACAUAAAAGAAAUAUUUGGAAACAUAGCUUCGCGUUGGGGAAAUGUGGAUAUUGGGGUGAUAGUUUGUGGUCCAUCGACUCUUCAGACAAGCGUUGCUAAAGAGUGCAGGUCUAAGAAUUUUGGAAGGAGGAGUAACAGUCCAGUCUUCCAUUUCAACAGCCACAGUUUUGAUUUGAGUUUACCAACAAAACGAGGAAACGAAUCAGUGCUCCCAAGUCAAGAGAAAGCAAAAUGGCAUUGAGUUAUCCUACUCCCUGGAACACAGAAAUAGUGAUCAGCGGUCAAUGCAUGGCGAACCUUUGUUACCUGAGAGUCGGAUGCAUAAUAAGAGUAUCGAAUAUCAUAUAACAGAUAAAAGUUUUAUUUACUGAUGCCACAUAACUCCGCUAUAUUGUGUCGUUAUCUUACUAUUCAUCAAUGUUCACUUAAACAAAUUAGGUAGUUUAUCACUAAAGUAGAAGUGUGGCAAGAUGUUGACAACCAUCUGAUUAUCAGGAGUACAACAACAAUUCAUUCUGCCACG